UGCCGACGACGACGUUUUUAUCGUUCGGCUGCUGCCGUUGGUCGUUGCUGCUUUACUUGAUUUUCAUUACUUCACUUUUUCAGUAUAAUUCUUUGUCUUUUGGUGUUUGUUUAAUGAAAAAAGGAAAAAACCAGCACACACACAGACUACAAGGAAGAAGCACGACUACAUUUUUAAGCAUACACCCGAGGUGUCUACAAAGUAAAAUUGUACGCGUCGUGGUAGCUGCUGUCACAUUUUCGCAUUAAAAACAUUGUGAAAACAGCCGGCGUAUAUUUAACAAAAUGCAAAAUUGUGGCGUUGAAGUGUUUUAGAAGAAAAAUCAAUUCUGUUUGAAAUUAUAAAAGUGCAAAAAGCCAAGGAGGGUUCGCCUCCAGUUGUAUUUUUCAACAUUUGUUGUUGUUGGUGUUUAAUGUUAAUAACACAAGGAAACGAUUAAGAAUUAAUUAUUGAACUGUUCGCUGAGCUUCCGUCGACAUUACCACAAUGAGCGGCGCCACACAGGAGUUUUGUGUUCGCUGGAACAGUCACCUAGGCAGCAUCGGUGCCGCGUUCCCGCAGCUUUUGGCUGGUCAACGUUUUGUGGACGUGACACUGGCAUGCGAAGGUCAUCAGGUGCAUUGUCAUCGCCUAGUAUUAGCCGCAUGCUCCACCUAUUUUGAAGCUAUACUCGCCGAGAAUCCUUGCAAGCAUCCGGUUAUAAUAUUGCCCAGUGACAUCAAAUUAUGGGAGAUUCAGGCGCUGGUCGACUUUAUGUACAAGGGCGAAGUGAAUGUGACGCAGGCGGGCUUGGGCCAAUUGCUGCGCUGUGCGGAACAGCUGCGCAUACGUGGUCUCUAUGGUUCCGAAGCGGCUGUCAACUACAAGCAAUUGCAGCAAAUGAGGCAGGGAGUUGUAUGUGAACCGACGGUGCUGACCAGCCUAAAGCAACAGUCGCAAAUGGAUAGCACUGAAACGGAUGAUACGGCUACCAACUCGACCACAUCGACAACAACCAUAAGCACGGCAACAGCGUCAUCUGUUAAGCAACAACAACAGCAGCACAAGGAACAGCAGCCGCUGCAGCAGCGUCAGCAGACAAACGGAAGCAAUGCGCUGCAAUUGCUGCAGCAACAGCAACAACUACAGCGGGCCCAGCAAUCAAAUGCGGGAGGUUCUUCAGCAGCUGCUUCUAACAACUCAAAUGCACCGACAGAGGAUGAUUCUGCUGAUGAUACAUCCAACAAUUGGAAUAUGUGUAGCGAAAACUAUGAGGAUUAUAAAAACGUUAAAAUGAUACACCAACAACAGCACCAGGUACUCCAGCAGCAACAGCAUCACUUGGACUCUACCAUUGAAGACGAUCACAACUAUGUGGCCGCGCACGAGGAGGACAACGAUAGCAGCAUGACUGGGGUUACCGGUGGGGGUAACACAAUCUCUGGAAAUCUCUCGCUCUGCCUGGACACUGAUCCAGACAACUCGGCUAACUCACCGGGCACACUAAUGCAUAGCUCCAUCGAUGGCUAUACAUCAUACAAGCGCGUGCGUCGCUCUGAAGCCUCACUGGCCCAGGCAGCUAAGUGUGUGUCUAAGGGCGACACAUUUCAAACUGUCAGCAAUAUGUUCAACAUACCCGUCUCCACAAUACGCUUCUAUAUGGCACGCAAAGGCAUCUUGCCAAAGCGUAAACGCGGUCGUGGCGCUUCUAAUACAGGUACCAUAACCUCGACAAAUGCGGGCUCCGCUUCAGCGGCAGCGGCAGCAGUCGCAACCAUGGCAGCGGCCUCUGCCCUGGGUAGUCUAUCAACGGCGGGUGCGCAUCAUUUGCCACACGGCAUGCUGGAUGCAACCCAGCUGAAACAGCUGGCAAGUGGAAGCGGUAAUAAUAGCCCUGCGACAACAGCAACAUCAACAACGCUUACACUGACGCCGACGCAGUUGGGUACAGGAACAGUGCCAGGGCGGGAGGUGACAACGGCCGCCGGUGUGCCAUUUCAUCUGGUAAGCGAUGCUGUUGCAUUCAAGCAGCAGCAGCCGCACCGAGCACAUAUGAUCUAACCUUACGAUGGAACACACUCUGCGGCUGUGGAUUCUGAAUGGAAUCAGGGUUGUAAUACAACUAGUGUACAUCAAGAGUGAGCCAAAAUGUUUUUAAAAGUUUAUAUACCGUGUCUGACAGCGUGUAUGGCUAACAAAAACAAUUUUUUUUUUUUUUGCUUAAGUCAACCGAACAUUAAGAAAUCGAUCCUAGUUAUAAGAAAUAUAUAUUAACUAAACACACCCAAUCAUAUGUUAAACUAUCAGGAGUUUUAAAACUCUUUCAAGGCAUGCAUCCAUACAUACUUUAAUUCUUCAUUAUUCAAAGAGAUGAUUUUCACACUUUCUGUAAAAUCCCGCUUUAGUGUAGUAUAGUAGUAAAUACUAUUACCAGCCUGCACUAUCGGGAUAUUUUAUAGCUGAAGUCUUUUAUGUACAAUUUCACGAACAGUCGUAUAAAUACAGAUUGUGCAAAUAUCUUCAUAUCGUUAGCAAAAGUUGAUAUUUUUUGGCUACGAUGAAAACUGAAACUGACAACAAUUAAUGAAUAUUUUUAUUUAAUGUUUUGCCUUCAGUCAUCUAUUUGUAACGAAUAAUGAAAUUAUUACUCAGUCGAUUAUAACGAUUUCAGAUUAAAUACAUAAUUGUGUUUAAUAUGUAACACUUUCGUGUUUGGGUUUUUGACCUUGAACACAAAAACAACAUGGAUUGUUUUAACCUCCAGCCGACACACACCACACACACACACACACACACACACACACACAUUAAUGUCAUACUUUGUAUUAUUAGUCAUUUUAAAUUAUAAAACCAUAAACCCUGUAAAUUGAUUAAAUGUAAAUACCUCUUCUAUGUGCAUUUUUUGAAAGCUUCACAAAUGGCUUACAAUAACUAUGAACAUACGUUUGCAUGUAGCUCUCUACGUUUAAUAAUACAUACAUAGAUACGUAUGCAUACAUUAUAAUAAUUUGUUUAAUAAUUUACCAGCGAUGUGCCAAACCGCCACGAUCCACCAGCGCAAAGUGCACUGCGCAUAUUUAUAUCCUCUAUCCAAAGGUUAUAAUAUGAUCGUUAGAAUUUUCGCCUGCUCAAAUAAUGCUGUUGCACAGUCGUAUUAGGUUUUCUCUUAGCGCUUAAAAUUCUAAUAUUAAAUAAUUACAUUUAUUUUUACAUUUUAUGUUUACUUCUAAGAAAGAAAAUGAUUUUGCACAAAAAAACCUACUUAAAAAGUAUAGUCAGUCAGCAAGAGUCAUAUGAUUAAAUGCGUUCCACUUAUAAUUAAAUACUAUAAGUCAAACAACAAAAGAACUUUUAGUGCAUAAGCAAGCAAAUUAUGCUUUAAUAUUACACAUUUUACUUUAACGCGCAUUGUCAGUUUAUAUAUAGUUACUACAAAACCAACCACAAUGAUUCGGAAAUAUUCGCACGAAAUCUCUUUUAAACUCAAAGCAUCACCUGAUAAAAUAAACUAAUGCGAUUUUAUUUGUAUUUCUUGAAUCGGAUGUCUAUAUGAACGGCCUUUGAAGGGCUCGAACUCAACGAAAAUGUAAAUUUGCAUGCUCCCACUAAUCAUAGUGUAGGGUACGCAAAAUGUGCUUAAGUCCGUUUUAAAGAAUGUUACCUUUAAUUCGUCACUGUAUAAAUCGUUUUAUUGUAAAUAAUAUAGUACUUGGUUGGUUUUGAUUUUAGCGCCACUUCUACUUGAAUUUUACGUUUUUUGUAACUAACAUAAUAUUGGAAUUAUUAUUUUAUUUUUUUCAAAUUUAAGUUUUACCCGAUGUCUCCAAACUGAGUAGAUGGUGGUAAUUGAAUGUAAAACUUAAAUUUGAACAACUUUGUGAAAUGUUUAGCCAUCCCCUCUGAUGGCAAUUCCCGAUAAUGCAAUUAAAAGUAUUUGAAGAAGAUAUUAAAUCAAACUAUCUAAAACCGGCAAAACGAAAAACGUAAUUUUUUUAACACGGCAAGUCUGAUAAUUUAACGCAUUUAAACAAAAGACACAUCCAAUACUUUAAACACAAUAAUUUAUAAAUUUGCUUAUGACUUGAUUAAAGUACAAAACUGCUCAUAAAAUAUCAUUCAUACAUAUGUUUAUACUUCAUUUAUGCUAAAUAGAAUGCACGAAAUAAAUUCUUGAAUUAAGACAAAAAAGGCACCAUAAACAAUGUACGCGGGCGGAAAUGUUUUCAUUUUUUGUCAAUAAGAAAAGAAAAGGCAGCAAAGA